AAGCACUGGGAGGGCGUGGUUUGAAUAAUCAAGGGCGUGGUUUUUGUUUGGCACCCGGUAAUUCGGUACCGGCAUUGUGUCGCGCAGACUGUAGGAAGCAGCGGAGGACGUGGGGCUGACGGUGAAAGCAGGAGCGGGCAUUAUAGAGCGGAGGGUUUGAUUGCUGCUCGCCGGCUUUGUGACCUCUGUAUCGAUCAGACCAGGGAUCAUCAUGAGUGUGGGGUUCAUUGGCGCUGGACAGCUGACCUAUGCCUUAGUCCGGGGCUUCACCGCUGCAGGGGUAUUGGCGGCACACAAGAUCACUGCAAGCUCCCCGGAUACCGAUCAAUCCACGGUGGCCGGACUGAGGAAAUUGGGUAUAAAUUUCACCACCAGUAACAAGGAGACGGUGAAGAACAGCGAUGUCCUCUUCCUGGCCGUGAAGCCUCCCAUUAUUCCCUUUGUGCUGGAUGAGAUUGGCACUGACAUUGAGGAUCGUCACAUGGUUGUGUCCUGUGCCGCCGGUGUCACCAUCAGCACCAUCGAGAAGAAACUGUCCAGCUUCCACCCAGCGCCCAAAGUCAUCCGCUGCAUGACCAAUACUCCUGUGAUUGUCAGAGAGGGGGCCACCGUGUAUGCCACAGGGACCCACGCCGAGGUGGAGGACGGGCAUCUGCUGGAGCAGCUGAUGCAGAGUGUGGGCUUCUGCACCGAGGUGGAGGAGGACUUGAUUGAUGCUGUCACUGGACUCAGUGGAAGUGGACCGGCUUACGCCUUCACCGCUCUGGAUGCACUUGCCGAUGGCGGGGUAAAGAUGGGCCUGCCCCGGCGGCUUGCUGUUCGUCUAGGCGCGCAGGCCAUGCUGGGAGCAGCAAAGAUGCUUUUGGAAUCGGAGCAGCAUCCAGGACAGCUGAAGGACAAUGUGUGCUCACCAGGGGGCGCCACCAUUCACGCUCUGCACUUUUUGGAGAGUGGAGGAUUCCGUUCCCUUCUCAUUAACGCUGUGGAGGCAUCUUGCAUCAGAACCAGGGAGCUCCAGCAAUACGCUGACCAGGAAAAAAUCCCUGCCGCUGCCAUCAAAAAGACAACCCUAAGCAAAGUGCAGCAAGAAUCGCCAUUGGUUUCCACCGCCUCCUCAGGAGCCAAAGUGAGUCUCUUCAACAACAAGAGGUCAGGAUUGAAGAAGUUCUGAGAGAGUCCAGGAAGGAACCCUCAUCAAACAAAUCCACUGACGAGCUGGACGGCGGCCGUCGGCGGGGGGCACCCUGCGCCUUCCCACUACAGCCUAAUAUUUGGUUGUUUUUUUUUAAAUCAAGAAAGUUCAAGAAAAUUGACUGUAAAACAUUUUAUAUAAUUUUAUCCUAAUGUUCCCAUAAAUUCUGCUAAGACUGUGCCGCCAGGUGAUGUGUUGCUGCCACGCGCACCCAUCUUACCGCUCUGUAUGCAUUUCAUAGAGCGUGCUACGCAAUAAGCUCUCUAUCCAUAUCAUUUCCCAUUAGCUCUUCACUGCAUUAACUCAUUCAUAGCCAGAUCUCUUGUUCUGCACCACCUUCAAUACAGGCAAAGAAAAAACCGAGAUGUAAAUGCUUAACUGCGCCAUUUAUUUUUAUUUUUGUAUAUUUACCUUGGUUUACGGCACACUAACAAUUACGUCUCCCAUCAAACGGUUUGUCAAGACAAUAAAGCACUUUCAUCCUCCGG